GAGUUCGGGGCCGGGCAUAUGUCCGGAGCCCCUCGGGCAACCGCCGCCGCCGCUACUGCGUCCGCUGCCGGUGCGCGCCGCUGACGCGCGGAGAUGAAAUUCCCGGGCUCCGUGCUGGCGUCCGUGUUCCUGUUCGUGGCCGAGACGACGGCGGCGCUGUACCUGAGCAGCACCUAUCGCUCGGGCGGGGACGGCAUGUGGCAGGCGCUGACGCUGCUUUUCUCGCUGCUGCCCUGCGCACUCGUGCAGCUCACGCUCCUCUUCGUGCACCGCGACUUCAGCCGCGACCGCCCGCUCGUGCUGCUGCUGCACCUGCUGCAACUCGGGCCGCUCUUCAGGUGCGUGCGGGUCCCCGGCCCCCUCCCCCACUGCCCUGGCGGAGGGGGCGGCCUUCCGGGAGGAGCGGGUGGCUGGACCCGGCGCCGGGCCCAGGCCGGCCCGCCCUGCUCCUGGGCCCCACAGUUCCAGUCACGCGAAUGCGACGGGAUCCGGGGAGAGCUAGAAUUGGGUAUUGAGGGCUCUCCAGGGAGCAUUGAUCCCCCGGCACUUAAGAGCCCCCAGCACCGGGGCAGAGCAGCCUCCACAGCCCUGGGAAAAGUCCUUAGGCACAGUUUCUUCAUGGUCCUAUCCCUGUUGUCCAUUGUGUAUGGAGCCUUGCGCUGCAACAUCCUGGCCAUCAAGAUCAAGUAUGAUGAAUACGAUGUCAAAGUGAAGCCUCUGGCCUAUGUCUGUAUCUUCCUCUGGAGGAGCUUUGAGAUUGCCACUCGCGUCAUUGUCCUGGUCCUCUUUACCUCCGUCCUGAAGGCCUGGGUGGUGAUGGUUGUACUCAUCAACUUCUUCAGCUUCUUCUUGUACCCCUGGAUCCUCUUCUGGUGCAGUGGCUCCCCAUUCCCCGAGAACAUCGAGAAGGCCCUCAGUCGGGUGGGCACCACCAUCGUACUGUGCUUUCUCACCUUACUGUAUGCCGGUAUCAAUAUGUUCUGCUGGUCAGCUGUGCAGCUGAAAAUCAACAACCCGGACCUCAUCAGCAAGUCCCAGAACUGGUACCGGCUACUGGUGUACUACAUGCUGAGAUUCAUUGAGAAUGCCUUCCUCCUCCUCAUGUGGUAUCUUUACAAGACCGACAUCUACAUGUACGUGUGCGCACCUCUGUUGAUUCUGCAGUUGCUCAUUGGGUACUGCACAGCCAUCCUCUUCAUGCUUGUGUUCUAUCAGUUCUUCCAUCCUUGCAAAAAGCUCUUUUCCUCCAGUGUCUCUGAAAGCUUUCAGGAGUGGGUAAAGUGUGUUUGCUGUGACUGUAGGCAGAAGAAAGCCCAUGAGUCCGUAGGAAAAACAGAUCUGAGGCCAACCGAAGACAGAGAUGAGACACCUUCUAGCAGUAAAAUAAGUUCUGUGCCCAGCCAGAUCUUGAAUGCUGACGAGCUCUGCUCUGCCUAACAGGACCUGAGUCUCUUGGGGUUCACACAUACUGUUUUCUGGGUUGAUCCCUGUCCUUCAUACAAGUCAUGAGCCCUGCACAGUUAACAAAGAGGGGGGUUAGCUCUCAACUCCUUGCAGGCUGCUCCCCUUUAGAGAGCUCUUGGACAUGUGGGAACUAUGGAGAGAAUCCAGGGAAACCCCUGAGUGCUGGAGAGGCAGCCUAAGGUAGCACCAUUGGUAGUUGACCUUGUUCCCCCAGGCAUUACUGGCCUCUUCGCUAUCUGAGUUGGGAUGGCUAGCUCUGUCAGGUAGAAUGAGGAUAGGAGCUUUCUUGUUUUCUAGGUUUUGUUUUGAGCUGCUGGUGUAGGUGGCCUGUUCCAUUUCCUCCGAGCAUAGCUUUCAUCCAUGAGCUGUCCUCAUGACCAGAAGGUUUUGUCAUCAGCAAUAUCAUACUUAUCCGAGUUUUCAGAGAGGGCUCUUCAGGUUUGCUUUUUGAAUGGACAGAGGUUCCAUUUUUAUCUCAUUAGGGCUCUUUGUACAUAACCAGCUGUAGCCACCUUGGCGUGCUAUCUCUAAUUGAUUCAAAAGUCUAGAUUUGGAGACUAUUCCCAUGGAUCCAUGGAUGCAAAGAAUUUGCGUGGAAACCCUAGAAUUUUAGGAAAGUUUCAUUCUUUCGAAGUGCUGAAGAAAUUCUGGAUUAAGAGGGUUGCUAAAACAUCAAAAUGAUUGAGGCUUUUAUAAGCAGAAAUCUUACUUUCUCAGGAUGGUUGAAGAUAAAUAAUCCUGCUGGAAGAUAGGUUUAAACCUCUUCAAGGUUCAGUCCUGUCCUAACAAUUCUGGGAAAUUUCUAGUAGAAUUUGCUAGGAUUUGCCUUCUUAAUGAAGAAGAAAAUAAAACUCACACUCUUCUCUUCCCCCUCUUCCUUGCCUGUCAGAAGAAUUUUAGACAAGAGUUACAGUGGCUGACUUAAAUUUUUCUAGAGAACUCCACAGGAAUCUUUCACCAAGUGCAGCUGUGUAGGGCACUUUAGUUUUCAUUAUUUGAAGGAAAAGGGUCUCCUCUCCCAAAGUUAGAUAUUGGCUUCACAAGUUUUUAAAUUAUAGGAAGAGAUGAAAUGACCAGAAGAUCUUUGUCUUUACCUUAAUGUAUCUUGAUUUGGCAUGAUUCUGAGUUAUUUGAAUGAGAUCUCCAAUUGUAUGUUCCUAUACUCUCCUGUCUCAGGUAUAAUUUCUCCUUUAAUCUGGAACCGUAUUUGUUCCAUAAAAGGAUAGUGUAGCAUAUCCUCAGCUGUCUUGGGGAAAUGCCUGGAUCUAGUGCCAUUAUCUUUACCGUAAAAACCUUGAUGAUGAAGUAUCUGGAAAUAGGUGACCUGUCACUGACUAGGCUGGACAUAGCAGGUCAGUCAGGGUUGAUGGGUCUAAGGAUCCCUGAUGGCUGAACUUGCUGACCCAUCCAGUUUCUAAUAGGCAGUCUGUCAGGGGACAGGUUACAAAUGGUGAGUUUGAGCAGGAAUUAUGAUCAGAAUGAGACAGGGAUAGGAAGGUAGAUUCUUCCAACCUUGGUUUGGAAGCCUGUCUCAAGAACUGUUACAAAUCUGAGCCUUCGAAUGCAUUUUCAAUCAUUUUAAUGUAGAAGAUAGCUAAGCAUCGUGAAUGACCCCAAACCAAACUAAUAGUGAUGGUCUAUCAGACUCCUCUAACCCAAUUACAAGCCACAUUUAUAAGGACAAAGAGGUUUGGUAACGAAAUCAGACAUUUUGUCAUCUUUAACCCUUGAUAUACAGAUAUUCCUGCUUUGGGGCAUGUAUGUCCAUUCACUUUGGGGGAGAGAAAGCAUUGUUUUUUUUUUUUUUUCUGUAUGGUGAAAAUUUAAGUCCUGGUGAGCUGAGAAUUUUUGUUUUAAAAUUAUUUUUAUCAUACCUCCGAAAUGGUAAAAUCAUAGUUCAGACUACAGAACUAGGUUGCCCUAAAGACAGACAAAUUCCCUCCCGUGCAGAGAGUUAAAAUGUGUUUUUCAUUAUAAUUCCAUUUUUAAAACUCUCAGUGCUUUGUCUACUUAAUUGCAUGCCAUAACUUGUCAUGAUAGCUGCUCCAACUGAACCACUAUCAUUUGGCUGAAUGGAGGUGAAGUAUUUCAUUGAAAUAAGAUCAUCCAAACACUUUUAGACUUUGUCUCUUCAUUACUGGGGACAGCACAGUGUAGAGGUUGGAACCUCCCCGUCUAGCCCUGCAAGUUACUAAAUUGCCGUACGCCUCAGUUUCUUCACCCACCAAAUUUGGAAGAUACAUUUGCUCAGCCUACCUCACAAGGUUGUUGGAAAGAUCAAAUUAAAUAAUAGAUGUGAAAAUGCUGUGAAAAUAUUUUAAAGUGCCAUGCAUAUUUAAGGAGUUAUUAUAGUCAUUCAAGUCUAUAAACAGGUUAUUAUUAUGUUUUUACUGUUAGAAAAGAAACAAGCAGUAUCAUCCACAUGAGCGGCUUGAGUGACUACAUUGGCCUUUGACCUUAUGGAAGGGCGAGUGUAAAUGGUCUUUAUUCUUAGAACUCAGCAGCUGCCCUCUCUCUUGGCGUCAGUUGCUCACAAAAAUUAGCAGCCAAACACAUGGUACUCAGAGGAGGAAGACCCAUUGAAAUCUGAGAAGUGCUUUUGCUGAUCACGAGCUGAUCAUUUUUGUAUCUUUCAUCUUUCAUGAAGGACCUAGUAGCUAGCGUCUUU